UCGUGAGAUGUUUUUAGUAGUACAAGCAGUCUCUCUCUAUCUGGAGGUCUGCGACUGAGUUAUCUCGAAGAGAUACUUUCAUUUUUAUUGAAAAACGACGAAGUAACAAACUGCGACAAAUGUAGAGCUAUCUAGACCUAUCUAGGUACAGAUCUAUUCUUAAUUGCACUUAGGUUAAAUUCUAGGCAUAAGCAGUUGCUAAUGUAUGAGUGGUCUCAGAGCUGCUUGACAAUGGCCUGUGAUUUGAACCCGGUGGCAAUCAUAUUGGUGACUUCAGGUACACGUGGCAACAGGUUGUUGUUCAGAUAUCCUUACUGCCAAGAACAAGAAACCAAACCAAAGCCUAAAAAGAAAACAAACUGUGGACAAAACCCGUAUGCUCUGAAAAUUGCAGAAAAUCUUCAGGAUGUGAAAAAAGAAAAGUCAUCGAUCACUUCCUUUGUAAAGGAUGGAGUCCUUACAAAUUUCUCUAACAAUACAUUGGCGAACAUUUUAAUUGUGAAAUCAGACUUGUGUGGAAAAAAAUUCAGUGUUGAGAUAGACGAUGUGAGAUUUGUUGGCUUUCCGAUAUCUCUGCAACAUUUAUCCCGUGACUCAGGCCUUCAGGGCUCUCAGAGCUCCAGUUCAAGACAGCACUUCAUACUGUCGGUGAACGUUGUCUUUGUGCUGAGGGUGAGGAUGCCGGAGUCAGUGGUUAGCUGCUAUCAAGAGCUAGCACAGCAGCUUGCAGUUGCCAUCGCCCAUGAAGAAAAGAGAUGUCAGUACCUAAACAGAGAGGCAAAGAUCAUGGUGCUUGCAUUUGAAGAAGCAUCGGUGUCCGGGGAUAACGACAUGGUGUCCCCUCUCCGACAAAUCAUCGACCGCAGUCGCCUGGGUGGGGAGCUCAAGUCCGUGUUUGACAGCCUGGCACAGUCAGGCCAGGUUCUCUUCUACCUCAACCAGUGGGUGGAGAUCAACUUUUGCCUGCCUCACAAAAUUCACGCCAUGCACACACCCGGCAGAGUGAUACAGCUGGAGUCCAUUUACAGAUACCUUUCUUCUGUGAGGCCUUAUCAUGGCAUACUUCUCACCAAGACAGAGAAAGAGGUCUUAAACUUUUUACCUCUGGAUGCCAGUCCCUGCCUUAUUCGGCUCAUCAAGCUGACAACUCCCAUCAAGAAUUUGAAGACUUUGGCUUUAGAGACAGAUCUCAGCAUCACCCAGAUUUACCAGCUGGUGUGCCACAUGAUCUAUUGGGGGUUCGCCAUGCUGAUCUACCCUUUGUGUCAGUCCAACCUGUAUGUCUUGUCAGCUUCAGCCAAUACUGCAGCCCACUCAGACCUCAGCAAGGAGUUCUCCCUGCACUUCCCCGGCCUGCACCUGCACGAGGAGAUGUCCAGAUUCAGCUUCCCAUCUCCGAUGCAUGACGCGUGCGACAUAAUGGCCUACCCGAGUCCGGGACUGCUGGACAGGCUCAACCAGGUGGUGGUUUGGAUGCUUCAGCACCGCCUCCUGAACCAGCUGCACACCUACGUCAACCUGACCACAGCCCGGAAGAAGGAGCCAAGCUCUCUCACCAGCCACUCCAUGUCGUCCACGCUCUCCUCCAACUCCAGCGUCCAGGUGGUAGAGGAGUCAUACCUGUCUGUCCUGAUGGAGGACCCGAGAGCCUCGACCUUAGACCGCACGGCCAGCAUGUCCGACAUCGCCAGUGUGAACAGUGAGGAGAGUUGUGGCCACUCGGCCGCCAACUACGCCAGCCAGCUGUCCAAGUCGCCCUCACAAGAAGCCAACAGUGACUGCUCCGUUGUGGCAGAAGAAACAAAGGCGCAGUGGAGAGUGCAGGACACACUUCUGAAUGAGCUGAAACCGCAGAUCAAGGCGGCCAUCCUCCGCUGUCCAGCCUCGCGGAACCCCGAUGACCUGCAUCUUUUCGCAAAGCUCUGUCCAUAUUUCAAUGGGAAACACCACUUAGAGGAGAUGAUGUUUUACGAGAACUUGAGACGGACACUGCUCAACGCACUGCUGGAUAAGUUUAAAGAGGUGCUGAUAUUUUGUAGUCAUGAGGAUCCUGCUACUUCCUUGUUGUGAUAUUUGUCAGGUCUGUGAGAUCUGUGUGUAAAUACCAGAGACAGCGUAACUCUUUCUGGAUGUAACUUUUAGUUUUAUGGGCAAUGUGUGAAAACGUGUCCCUGUUGUCCUUGUUAUGGAGGCACAUUCAGAAAAGUUGAAGACGAAUUCAAAAUGUGACGGGUCAAUUCAUCAUUGCUAAUGCAUUUAUUGUGGUUUUUACAGAAAAUUAGUUUAAAUACAUUUUGUAUUGAUCUACAACCUUGCUGAUGUGACAGCUUGCUAAAACAGAGGACUGUGGUUUGAGUGACUCAAGCUCAGUUCAGAUGCUGAACCAAGGUUGUUGUGAGAGAGAUUUUGAUAGGUAUCAUGUGUUCAUCCAUACAUCCUCAGUUAUCUCCAAAUAUGUGAGGCACUGUAGUGAAAUCAGGCACUCGUCUAAAUAAUGAAAGGGAAGAAACUGGCCUUUUCUGCAGGUUUAGGAAUUUUUAUUGGAAUUUAGUUUUUUGGCUCAACACCUUUCAUGCCAUGUAAAGAACACAUUUCUAUGUGGAUUUUACUGAAAAACAUUGAUUAAAGGCAUAAAAGAUGUACAUUUUCAGUUUCCGCGGACUCUCGAGCUUAGGAAUUAACGCAAAUUUGGCAGCCAUUUUCUCACAAAUUUACCUCUGAAACUAGGUGACCCCCACCUCCUUCAAUUUCCAAUAUCUU